AUGCCUAGUGUUCGAGGUUUUUUUUCCCCUUUAAUUUAUUGUGGAAAAGUGCUUUUAUUUUUGAAAGUCACUUCCUGUCCCUCCCACUUCACUCGAAGACGGAAGUGCUGUCGAAACCACCUGAGCCGCGCAGGACGUCACUCAAAAAGUGCAGCGAUCAUGAAACCCCGACUACACGUCGUGGUUGACCCCAUGGGCUGGCUGUGCAUCAGCGCCGUGUUUGGGAUCUGGCUCUACAACUCCUUCUUCGUCCCUGAGCUCGUCCUGCUGCCGCACUACCGAGAAGGCCACAUUCCUUGGAUUCUAGUCAUUUGUUAUUACGCCGCUUCGGCACUCUGCAUCGCGGCGUUGUUUAGGGCCUCCACGGCGGAUCCCGGCCAUCUUCCCACAAACCCCAAUAUACCUCACUCGGAGCGGCAGCACUGGGAAAUGUGCAACAAGUGCAACCUCAUGAGACCUAGAAGAUCCCAUCACUGUAGUCGUUGUGGACAUUGUGUGCGAAGGAUGGACCACCACUGUCCUUGGAUCAAUAACUGUGUGGGAGAAGACAACCACUGGCUCUUCCUGCAACUCUGCUUCUACACACAAGUCCUUAGCGGGUUCACGCUGGUGCUGGACUUUUGUCAGUACUAUUACUUCCAGCCUCUCACGCAGCUAGACCAGGAGAAGUUCACUACGCGACACGAGCUAGCGCUGUUGCGGACCUCUGCGCUCACGGGCGUGAUCAUGUUCGGCGGAAUCUCGGCGUUGUUUUACUCUCAACUGGUGGGCGUCAUCUCGGAUACCACCACAAUCGAGAUGAUGACACGGUUUUCCGGCGAACUUGGUGGUCCGAAGAGAUCGUGGCGGGGGGCGCUGGCCGAAGUGUGUGGCACCCGCUGGAAGGCGCUGUGGUUCGUGCCGCUCCGAAGCAGACGGGCGCUCCCGAACGGCGGCCAUUAUGUGUAGCCUCAUUCACAAAACCACCAAAGUAGUCUGCUAACGCUAACCUCAAGCACGUCAACGAGGCGUCUACGAGAAAAAAACUCAUUGGUAUGAGAGUCCAUCUUGGCCAGUGGAAGGAUACAUUUUAUUUAAUUUUUAAAGGCUGCUGCUAACAUGCUAAUUGAUAAUCAUAAACAUACUGUAAUUUUUGGACUAUAAACCGCUACUUUUUCCCUCAUUUUGAAACCUGUAGCUUAUAGUCCAAUGCGGAGGUUAAUGGGUAACACCAAAUGCUUCUUGAAGCUUCAUUGCUUCAAGAAGCUUCAUUUGGCCAUCACUUCUCCCUUGGG